CACAAUCAAAACCCUCCCGGGGAGGAAAAGCUAGCGCAACAUCUUCGCUCUACCUCGACCUCCUGCAAUACAAACAGAAAGCGCUGGGAUAAACGCUGUUAAACUACUGUCCUGUUUGAUUCCCAGGGUCAACAAUAUGUGGUCGCCCAUCCCCUCGUGUUUUCACUUUGUGUUGGUGCAUUCGACGCCGCUGGAAUAGAGGAGAGAGAGCCUGCUGUAUUGGAUGGGUAUUACUCGGCUCAGAUUCCUUCUUUUCCAUGUAAGCAGAGGCAGAGGGAGGUGAGGCUAUUGCCAAAUCCGGAAGUGACGGUUUUGGAGCAGGUAGACUCCAGAGCAACCUGCAGAGUCUCUUUUUGUCUCUCACAGUGGGGAUAAACCGGCAGCAAUGGAUACAAGGCAGAGUGCACUGGUUACAACAUUGUCUCUCCUCUGUCUGUUCACAGGAUGGUCACAGGGGUUAACUAUUCUCCCAACUCAAAACCGUAAAGAGGUCGGAGAUGGAGACAACGUGAUGUUGGAGUGCAGGUUUGAGCUCGACAAAGCAGACAUCGGCCCACUGGAUAUCGAGUGGUCAAAAACGCCCAAUGAUCCAGCGGAUUCACCAAUCAUUGUUAUUGACUAUUCAGGGGACAGGACUUAUGAGACACGCCUUGAAGACAUGAAAGGUCGUGUGCACUUCAGUUCACCAGAUCCCAAAAAUGGUGAUGCUUCCAUCAACAUCACCAGGUUGAGACUCAGCGAUUCCGGAAGAUACCAUUGCAAAGUGAAGAAGUCUCCUGGUUCAAAGACCAUAUCAAUCACGCUGGAUGUUUUGAUGAGACCAAGCAAUACAAAAUGUUACGUGGAUGGAGCUCAUGAGGUUGGAAAAGAUGCAUUGUUGAAAUGUUCAAGUGAAGGAACGCCCCCUAUCAAAUACACCUGGACCAGACAGAGCCCAUCAAAUCUGAUGCCUCCUUCUGCAGUUGCAGAUGUCGUCUCAGGAAUUCUGAAAUUCAAAAACGCAACAGCGGAUUACUCUGGUGACUACGCAUGUACAGCUAGCAAUCGAAUUGAUAGUUCACAAUGUGUCGUUAGGUUGUCAGUCUCAUCCUCAUCCAACAAUGCCGGGAAGAUAGCGGGAGCCAUUAUUGGUGUACUGCUGGCUUUAUUGUUGCUGGCCAUCAUCAUCUGGUGCUGUCUUCGGAGAAAGAAACAGCAAACCUACGAGAAGGAGCAGCCUUAUGAAAUAAGAGAGGAUGUUCCUGCCCCAAAAAGUCGGGUUUCAACGGCUCGAAGCUACACCGUGGGUUCACAGCGUUCCUCUCUGGGCUCCAUGUCACCCUCCAACAUGGAACCCUACAAAACCCAUUACGAUCGACUGGCUACAAAUGACUUGGAACAUCUACCCAAUCACAGCCCGAGUAUCAACCCUUCGUACAAGGAAUAUGGGCAAAGGGCAGAAGAAAAAUCCCAGGGCUAUAACUCCAUGUCCAUUGUGUGAAGAAGCAGUUCCCAUCUACAGGAUCACUUCUGUUCUAGUGGAACCAUUCAAACACUUCAACUCAUUCACAGGAGGUCUGGGAGAUGAAAUUAUUUCUCUUUGAUAAUAAGGACUUGCCAAUCACUAUUGUACAAUUAUAAUGUGAGAUUGUGAUUUUUCUGCAAUUUUUUUUAAAAUGUAAAAGUUAUUUUCCUGUGAAGCUGUGACCCAGAACAAUGAAAUGUAGUUACCAGCAACUGCUCACAUUUCCAGUGACUAUCAUCAAUACUGAAGGCAUAUUCUCAGCAGCUUGUUACUGUCGUUCUGUAGAGCUUUGGGGCAGUCACAAAUCAAAAUGAAGGGCAAACAAAGUUCUUGAUUUCUCCAGGUGGCUGAAUCCAUCAUUUCCAUCUCAGAACAUGAAGAAACAGGAGGCCAUUCAGCCCCUCGGGUCUACUCUACCAAUCAACAGACUCAUGAUUAAUGUCCUCUUCAAUCAUAAUUAAUGGUUUCUUCUUUACAACCUCUAAUCCCAUUGUCCAACAAACCUUCCAUUGUCAAAACCUUCAGCAUUCGGAAUUCCUUGGGGGGGGGGGAAGGGGGGUGGGGGGGGGAUUGGUGAGGGACUACCCGUGAAGAACAUCCUGAUUUUGCUCUUGAAUGAUAUGGCUCUAAUGUGAAGAUACUAUCUCCUUACCCCAGAUGAACUCACCAAACGUGACCAUUCUUCCAGUCAAAUUCCUUCACCAUUUUAAAUAUCUCCGUUCAAUCACCCAUAAAUAUCCCAACCUCUGAGCAGUAAGUGUUCACAAAUGCUGGAGGCUUAGUGGUACUGCCUUGGAUCCUGUGGCCCAGGUUAAUACUUUGAUUUCAAAUCCCACUGUAAUAGCUGGUGGAAUUUAACCUCCGUGAUAAAUUUAGGCUUGGAUUCAAGAACUACUUUCAGUAAUGGUGCCAUGAGCCUGUUGUUGCAAAUGCCAAUCUGGUACACUAACCUUCUUUACAGAAAGAGUUGCCAGUGUAACUCUAAAAUGUCAGGGGUCAGUGCACUGGUUUAUGAUGAAAAGUAAAUGGCAUGGUUUCAAUUCCUGCACCUCCCUCUCAAUGUCAUUCCUCAUUUCAGGUUUGUUGACCCUCAGGUUAAACUCACCACUAGUCAUCAUUCUACUGAGAGAGCAGUGUUAUGGUUCUCUGGAACCAAGGUUAAUUUACCCUACCCUACGGAUAACUCCACGCCCACAGUGAUGCCCUCAAAGUGGCCUAUCAAGUCAGUGAAAGGACAAUUAUGAAUGGCCAACAAAUACUGGCCUUGCCAGUGACACCCACACUUAUUGAAAGUCUAUAAAGAAAAUGUCAACCCAUUCAGGUUAACCCAUAUAUCUGUUGCCCGUGUCCCUCCAGUGGGUAGAGGUUACAGGUUUGGAAGAUGAUGCUGAAGGACGCUGAGUUAGUCCAGUGAAUCCUUCAGAUGGUACAUGAUGCUAUCGCUGGGCAUCAUUGGUGGAAGGAGAACCAGUUAAACAAACUGCUUCGCAUGUAAUCAACUUACAUCAGAAACUGAGCAAGGGAAUGAAAUUUACUGUGGAUUAGCCGACUCUACAGUGAAAGCACAAUGUCUUCAUAUGAUAAGGACAGACUUAAAUUGUAGGUUACAGCUUCUUUAUCACAAUAGAAGUGAAGAAACACAAGGCCACUUUUCCUGUAUUUAAUUUCACAACAUUGUAUUCCUAUUUUGGAUGCUCUGGUGCUUUAUUUCCUUUGUAAUCAUUUUUGAAAAAAUAAACCAAGUGAUGGAUUAAAUUAA